AUGCUUAAUGAGAACGGUUUGAGGGGCAGUCCCGUGGAUGCACAUGGCAACAAUAAGGGCAGUGCAACCACAAUGUUGACCACAAAAACGCCAUUUUCCAUCGAGCAUAUACUGUUUCAAAAUUUAAAUAGUGCCAAUAGCAACAAUGCGAAUAAUAAUGUGAAUAAUAAUAGUAACAAUAAUAAUAAUAGCAACAGUCAAAAGUGUGGCAAGAAUGCGGUGAAAGGUGCCAGCAGGAGUAGCUUUGCUCCACCCUACGACAAUAAUACCCAGAAGCAACAUCAGCAGCAACAGCCGCACCAGCAGCAUCAUCAUCCGACGGCACAGGCAACAACGCAUCCCACAUCGUCGGCAUCCGCGGCAACUUCAGCCGCGACGGCAUCCACACGCGUCAGUCAGGGAGCAGCUGCGUCGGGAUAUGGCAACGAGGACUAUGCCAAGUCCCUGCACAAUAGUCAACGUAGCAGCCAUCAUCCACGUGCUGGAACCUCACACUAUGGCAGUUCAUCCGCGGAAGCAACAUCCCAGCAGCUGGGCUCAGCGGCGGGACAACAUUCAGCAGCAUCCCAGUUACCGCCAGCACCACAGCCGCCGCCUCCACCGCCCCCGAAUGGUGGUGGACCCAGUGGCGGAGUGCUGUAUCCCAGUGCGGCUUACACGGACCAUGGCUUCUUGCAAAUGACCCUGGGCUACCUGUCGCCCUCUUCGGGCACAUACAAGUCGGUGGAUCCCUAUUUUCUCUCACAAGCCAGCCUGUUUGGGGGAGCGCCCUUCUUUGGGCCGCCCGGCUGUGUGCCAGAGCUGGCCCUGGGCCUCGGGAUGGGCGUGAAUGCGCUGCGGCAUUGCCGGCGACGCAAGGCGCGCACCGUGUUCAGCGAUCCCCAGUUGUCCGGCCUGGAGAAGCGCUUCGAGGCACAGCGUUAUCUGUCCACACCAGAGAGAGUGGAGCUCGCCACAGCGCUGGGGUUGAGUGAGACGCAGGUGAAGACCUGGUUCCAGAACCGACGCAUGAAGCACAAGAAGCAGCUGCGACGACGCGACAAUGCCAACGAACCCGUUGACUUCUCACGCACCGAACUGGGCGGCAGCAGCACUGGCAAACAGCCGCCGGGCGAAGCAUCCUCUGCCUCCACAGACGGCUCCAAGCAGAGCUCCAAGAUGGCCUCGAGUGGCGCUGGCGUUGGGACGCCCAGUCAAACCCCCAAUCCCCAGCAACAGCUGCAGAUGUGCUUCCUACAGCAGGGCUACUCAACCGAUGAUUACUCCGACCUGGAGGCGGACAGCGAGGAGGAGGAAAACUCCAGCGAUGUGGACAUUGUGGGCGACACUAAAUUAUAUCAACUCACAUAGAUGCCAGCCAGAAUAUCUCAUCGAAUCUGUUCUAUCGAUGAGAGCUUUCUGGUGGUUUAAAAUAGG